AUGACUGAUAUUGGUCUUUCAUCUUCGAUCCUUAUUGAUGAUUCUCCAUCUCGUUUACAAAUAAAUCAAACUUUUACAACAUCUUCAAUUGAAAACAUGUUAAAACGGAAAGAUAAUCGUAAAGAAUUUACAGUGAUUGAAAACAGUCAGAAAAAAUCAUCUAGUGCUUGGGCAACUUUUGGAUUUCCAGCUCGAUUAAUUGAAAAUGGUACAUAUGAACGUAUACAUGGUUUUGCAAGUUGUUUUCAAUGUAAAACAACCUAUACAUUUCAUUCAGACGGGAGUGGUAGUACGAAACAUCUUUUACGUCAUGUUUGUUCAAAAUCAGCACUUUCAUCAGAACAUUAUCACGAAGGGCCUUUGGGGAAAUUAUUUAAGUCGAAAAAAACGACUUCAGUUACGUUAAACUCAAAAGAUUCAACAAAAAUAAAAGAUGAUUUAACUAAAUGGAUAUGCACCUCAAUUCGUCCAUUUAAUAUCAUCGAAGAUCUAGGUAGGAAAUAUCCAGAUCUCGAUAGUUCUCAGCUUUUAGUAACACCAACAACAAUAUCAAAAAACGUUCAUCAAUUAGCUGAACAAUAUCGAUCACUUCUGCAACCAAUAUUAAUCGAACAGGCAGCAAAUAGCUGUUUGUGUUUAUGUCCUGAUCUAUGGACUGAUAAGUAUAGAAAGGUGAAUUAUCUUGGUUUAACAGCCAUGUUUGCAAAUAAAAAUUAUGAAUUGAUUUUAUUGGAUUUGUGUUGUUGUGAGUACCAAGAAGUAGAUAAAAGUGGUGAUAGUAUAUUACAAGCUAUUCGUCGUCAACUCGAUUUGUAUGGCUUAACAUCCUACAUGGACAACAAUAAAAUUGUAUUUACGUGUGAUCGUGGUCCAAAUAUAUUAAAGGCUCUCAAAGGCAAGUUUAUUCUAAGUUUAGUUCAUUCUUUAAAAAUUAAAUUGAUAUAUUAG